GGGCGCAGCGGCGCGGCCCGAGUCCCGGCCAGUACCUCUGUUUCCGGCUCGAAUUGCUCUACCCACGCCCGCCUUCAACAUGUCCGAGACUGCGCCCGCCGCGCCCGCUGCUCCGGCCCCCGCCGAGAAGACGCCUGUGAAAAAGAAGGCCCGCAAGGCUGCAGGUGCCGCGAAGCGCAAGGCGUCUGGGCCCCCGGUGUCCGAGCUCAUCACCAAGGCUGUCGCCGCCUCCAAGGAGCGCAGCGGCGUGUCUCUGGCUGCGCUCAAAAAGGCACUGGCCGCCGCCGGCUACGAUGUGGAGAAGAACAACAGCCGCAUCAAGCUGGGUCUCAAGAGCCUGGUGAGCAAGGGCACCCUGGUGCAGACCAAGGGCACCGGGGCUUCCGGCUCUUUCAAGCUCAACAAGAAGGCGGCCGCCGGGGAGGCCAAGCCCAAAGCCAAGAAGACGGGUGCGGCCAAGCCCAAGAAGUCCACAGGAGCAGCUAAGAAGCCGAAGAAGGCCACUGGGGCGGCAACCCCCAAGAAGAGCGCCAAGAAGACCCCAAAGAAGGCAAAGAAGCCUGCUGCGGCUGCAGGAGCCAAAAAAGCGAAGAGUCCGAAAAAAGCGAAAGCAGCCAAGCCGAAGAAGGCGCCUAAAAGUCCAGCGAAGGCCAAAGCCGUGAAACCCAAGGCGGCUAAACCAAAGACCGCCAAACCUAAGGCAGCCAAGCCAAAGAAGGCGGCGGCCAAGAAGAAAUAGGAAGUUCCUUUGGCCCACGGCUUCGAAGCUCGACACAACCCAAAGGCUCUUUUCAGAGCCACCCAAAGAUCUCAGGAAAAGAGCUGUUGCACACUUAAGGGGGCGUGGCUGGGCGGAAGAGGCGGCAAGCGGGGGGCGGGCCUCGCUGGGAUGGGAGGUGGGCCUUAACAGUAGGGUUUCCUUUAUGUUGAGGGUAGUACUAGCAAACAGCGGAGUUGGGCGGGGUAAUCGGUUUGCGCCCAACUUGCUUGAACCCUUUACGUGCCUCACAGAACAGUGCGCUGGUUUGACGUGAACUCCGUACACUGACUCAAAUGGCACAAUAAAAUCGAGCACAAGUUUAGGGAAAGCAAUUAUCCAGAUUUCCCAGGCUCCACGUUCUGUAGGAUUUUGUAAACCCCAAAUGGGAAAUUUAAGCAUUUACCAUUUUACAAGAGAUGGUUAGUCAUUGGGUUACUUGCACAUUUUCUUUAACGAGGACAUACUGGACAUUUGCGGGGGAAUUAUGCCUCAGUAUCUUGACCACUAUGGUUUUUUUUAAGUAAUAAAAAUUCAUCAGGGCUUCUGGUAGAGGACGAAGAUAAGGGAUGGUGAAUUUAAUUACAGGAUGACCCAGCCCACAUGGUGGAGUGGUGGCUACAAUGGGUUAACUGUCCAUUGGUUCCCUUCCCUGAGGCGCAGGAUGAUGCUUUUACCGAG